AUGGCGACGUCCGACACGCAAACAAACAAGGGCGCCCUGCCCGAGCUCACCAGUCAAAAGGGUAAAAUCGCCGGGUCGCUGCACAAACACUCUCACCGGCGACGUGACAGGACGUGUGCCGUAAGGCCGCGGACCUCUACAGACGACAUGGGUGCGUUUUUGACCAAGCCGUUCUCCCUGGUGGGGAGACUGCUGUGGAAGGUUCUCUUCUCCUGGUGGGUCAAACAGAUAGAGACGCCUAAUGACGUCACAGGGCUGACACCGACACAGAGUCGGCUCGUCAAGGAGUCUUGGAAGACGUUCCUCAGUAAGAAGAGAGAAAACGGAUUCGUCAUAUUCAGGGUAUUGUUCACGGACUACCCCAUCACAAAGAAGCUGUUCAAGGGCGUGGAACAGAUGGACAUGGCUGUUCCGGGACAGCUGGAGAACAGCAUCUCCCUGCGAGCACACGUCACGCGGUUCAUGCACAGCUUCGACACCUACAUGGAGUGUCUAGACGAGCCCGAAGACCUGAAACAGCUUCUGUACGACACCGGCAAGGGGCACCUCAGACACAACAUCAAGCCGGAGUACUUUGACGUUCUUGAAACCGUCCUGAUGAAAUCUCUGCGGAUAGUUUUCGGAAGUAAGUUCACCCCACAACUCGAAGAGGCCUGGCAAACAGCGUACAGCCACUUCAAGGUUCCCAUCAAGCAGGGUUUGGAGGAUGAGAUACGCAAGGCUGCUGAUACAAGCGUAACUGUGACCGUGGAAUAAACGUCGUCAGAGUCACACUUUUGAGAUCAAUGGACAUGAAGAACUAAAUAAAGAACUCAACAAUUCAAGUUAGGACAAGUACCUGACUAACUCUUCCAAAGAGCCUAAUUGUCAUCAGCACCUUGGCAGCCAUCUUGAAAUUGACGUACAGUGUUAGUAUUUCGAAUACAGUGUACAAUAUCAAGAAGUUGUCUGGCAGUAGAAGACACUUUUCAAUGUUGAAGUACUUCUUGAAAUACCGUAAAAAUGUGAGUAAUUUGUGAUCGUGGCCAUGAUAUUCAAUAUCAUGUUAUUUCAUAUUUAAUGUCAUGACAGUUGAUAUUUAAUUUCUGUAUUUUUUU